ACCAGUCGGGGUGUUGCUUCCGUAGCGAGAGGACUCUUGGGAAAGUGCCGGAAGUUUUGGUAGGACGCGCUCGUUGCCCAUCGGUGUCACGCGUUCGUGGUUUUCUUUUUUUUUUUUACUUUCCGAAGACAUUUCGGUGAUCAAAAACAGCUUCCCCGCCGAGUUACGCCCGAAAGUAUGCACAACCCAUCAAAGUGUCGUCAGCGGCCUUAGAAAGUUUGGAUUUCGACGGAACCGACGACGCCCCAAGAUUUUCGCGUUGUUGUGAUGCUUCUGUGUGCUUGGGAGUGUGUGUGUUUGUGUAGAAAGGUGUCCUUGCCCAACCUUUAGAGGGUGAGGAAGGGGCGGGGUAAAAUGUGAUUUCCCAGCGAGCGUUAGAUCUGAUGCUGAUGAUGAUGAUGACGUACGCUGCAUAACCACAGGCGAAACCGUGGAGUACAGCGCCAUCUAUUGGGUGCAGCCAGUGAUGUCAGCUGUGCUACGGGUUUGGGGAGGCUAAGGGUGAGAGUGCACGAGAGUGAGAGGUACUCCUGAAAGUAUACGAGAUUAAAUCUCGACGGGGCGUAAGGAUUCCUCUGGAAAGUCGUAAAAUACAAAUGUUGUUGAGGAAGAAAAAAAAGCGCACAAGCGGAAUCAGUGCAGUGCAGCCAUAAAACAAAACCUCGAUACAAGUCGCCGUGCCGUGUAAUCCGUCGUCGAGUCGAGUUAUUCCAUCAAAACGUGAAAAAAACGAGAGGAAAAUUCACAUAAAACUCAGCCAGAACACACAAAGUCGUCGCUGGGAUAUUGUGGCGCGCGCUCUGUGAAACGACACAACGUGGAAGUGUAACAAGCAAAAAAUACACUCGAAAAGCGAGAUAUAAAUCGCUGAUGGAACCGGUUCCGCGGUAUUCUAAAAGAAGAAGAAGCCAAAUAAAGUGAAUCGCGUCAAGACGCGUUCAACAAAUAGCAAUCGAAACAAGGAAAAAACCCAUCAACACAAAAAAAAAGAAAUAAAACCAGGAGAAAACUUUAUGAGUUGUUGUGAUACAGUGGUGUGUUACGAGUAGCAAGGCAGCAGUACUGGAAGCUGUCCGGAAAUUGGCAAAGUGCUUCCUCUUCUUCCGUGCUGCCAACAAAAAGUGAGUGCCGAAUCCGGCGGCAAAACACAAUAAUCAUAGCAAUUGUAAGAAGUCGCACGUUUGGUGCAGACAGCAGAGUCGUCGUCGUAUCCUGUUGCAUAAAUUUAGGGGGAUCGUGAAUUUUUAUAGCUUGCUCGACGGAACGGAACACACGAAACAAAAGGAGUCGAGUCGAGUUAUUUCAAAUGUCGGUGGCUCCAGAAGGGAUUGCUCGGAUUUGAACCAGAAACAGCCCCGAAAGGGGGAAAAAAAGAACUCGAAUUGCAAGCAAUAGUUGGGCAGGCAGCCUCCGGUCGUUAUCCACACUUCGUUGACCAAUUACCCACCACCGGGAGUAACGUCGGACAACCAGCCAACCCACCGUACCGUACGACGACAAUGACCAUGCUUGACGACGCCAUCGAUCAGCGUCGGUGCUGCUGCCGUCGGUGCCAUUACCAGCGUCGGUCCGGCCAGUUCAGUUACCUUGGAUCUUCUUCCUCCGUCCGUCGUGGUGAUGACACGGCCAUUCCGAUGUGGUCCCCCCUCUUCUGCUGCGCCACGACCGCUGGCAACCGAAGCUAACUUUGGACACCUCGUCGUACUGCUCGGAAGAACGGGCCGCCCGGAGGCCGUAAAAUCACUCGCAUAAAGUCAUGGAUUUCCACAAAGCACCCCCGCCCAGGCCCCCCAGCCUGGGGACGUCCCUCGCCAAGUCCAGUGCGGACGUGUACGACUACAUCUUCAUCGACAGUGGCAGCCCGGACUCGUACCUGGCCGCCGGUGAACUGGGCGCCCUCACGGUGAACGAAACGCUGCUGAUGCUCGGCGGCAAUGGAACCGUCGGCAAUGGCAGCGACCUGGGCAACGGAACGGCCACCGGGGCGGACGAACCGCUGGCCGACGUCAUCACGAUGGCCGUCACGUCGCUCAUCCUCGGACUGAUGAUACUGAUUACCGUUAUAGGAAAUGUGUUUGUAAUUGCUGCCAUCAUCUUAGAACGUAAUUUACAAAACGUAGCAAACUAUUUAGUGGCAUCGCUAGCCGUGGCCGACCUGCUCGUGGCAUGUCUGGUGAUGCCGUUGGGGGCCGUUUACGAGAUAAGCCGAGGCUGGAUUCUCGGUCCCGAACUUUGUGAUAUCUGGACGUCCUGUGACGUCCUCUGCUGUACAGCUUCCAUUCUACAUCUGGUGGCUAUUGCCACCGACAGGUACUGGGCGGUGACGAACAUCGACUACAUGCACUCGCGCACCAGCCGGCGGGUCUUCACGAUGAUCUUCCUGGUGUGGUUCGCGUCCGUCAUCGUGUCCCUGGCGCCCCAGUUCGGCUGGAAGGACCCGGACUAUCUACAACGAAUCGAGCAGCAAAAGUGCAUGGUCUCGCAGGACAUCGCAUAUCAGAUCUUUGCCACGUGCUGUACCUUUUAUGUUCCUCUGUUAGUGAUACUGGUGCUGUACUGGAAGAUUUACCAGACGGCCCGGCGGCGGAUACACCGACGGAGACCCAAGGCCCCGCCGGCAGCGGGUAACAACAAUCAGGAAGAAACGCCCAAGCAAACCAAGUCCAGGAUACGCUUCCGGCUGAAGAAGAAGUUUGCCAACCCGGCCAAAUCGGCCGCAUCGUCACUCGGCCUGGUGGAGGGCAACUCCACCAACACGGUCAACACCGUCGAGGACACCGAGGGCAGCUCGGCGGCCGAGCGGAGGACGGCCAGCGGCGUCGAGGAGACCCCCAUAUCGGCCGCCCCCAACAGCCAGCAAAUUCCGACCGUGUCCCACGAGGUGGCCACCAGGACGCUGUCGGAACCCCUGGAAACAAACAACAACAGCAACCAUCAACCACCGGUGGUACGACCUACCGCCUCCGGCCAGUUGGCACCCCCCGGCGGAACCCACCACAACUCGCCGGUCCUGUUGGGCAGCAACGCGGCCUCGCACACCGGUUCGACGCUGAACAUUGCCAGCACGCCGAAUCCGCACGCCCAGGUCUCCAAGCGAAAGGAAACGCUGGAAGCGAAGCGCGAACGCAAGGCGGCCAAAACCCUGGCCAUCAUCACGGGGGCGUUCGUCGUCUGUUGGUUGCCCUUUUUCCUGAUGGCCCUUCUGUUGCCCCUCUGCGAGUCCUGCUACAUGAACGACACCAUCGCGUCGCUGUUUCUGUGGCUGGGUUACUUCAACUCCACGCUCAACCCCGUCAUCUACACCAUCUUCAGUCCCGAGUUCCGGCAGGCGUUCAAGCGGAUACUGUUCGGGACCCAUCGGAGCUCCAAAUACCGGCGCGGAAAGCUGUAACGACGGGGGGCAAGCAACCGUACUAGCCAGUAAUCAGCUAUCAACCUACUUGCAAGAAACCUCAAGGGCCACACCGCCACCAACAAACGGUACCAAACGACCUGGUAUUAUGUAAAAGCAAUUUUCCGGUUGCGACGGAGAAGGAUCCACCACCUCAGAAGAAAACCCACCUGUAGAUUUUUCUCGCGACCAACGACGUCGUCAAACGAGCUAUGCAGGAAAGAAAAACCCAAGAAGUCGUCCCAUGUAUCUAUAUGCUAAAUUUUAUUACUAUAUUUCCGCGUCUGUCGAGAGCUGAUGGUUGGCACACUUCCGCCGGCCCGUGGAGCACGCGGUUCCUGGUUCCUUUCACACGCCCCGCCCCCCUCCAACGGAACGGGACCGUGCGAGACCGUGACGAGACUUCAUGAUUGUGCGACGACACGUGCCGAAAUUGGCCCGUUUUUACCCGGGUGUACCUGAGAGAGGUGGGUUCUCGAAGGGAUGCGAACUGUGGGCGGGAAUAGGUGGUAAAGGUGGUUAAAAUUUGUAGUUUUGGGAAGAAUGUAUUUUUAAGUCUCACCAAUUGAUUUGUUUUUCUGUUUUUGACGGUACCUGUACAUUUCUUUUUUACGAAUUCUCAGUCAAUUAAGUUUCUAGAAAAUAUGAAAAAAAUAGUAAACUCUUAAACAUGGUUCAAGUGACCUAAUAUUAUAACUUGAAUAUAAAAAGUGUUUAAACCUUCUGCUUGUGUGAUAUGUUCUAAAUAGUUAAAUAAAUAAUUAAAAUUUAGAAUUUAGAACAUAUUUUCACUAUCAUAAGGUUCAUUUGAACCAUUUCCGAUCUAAAUAAAACAUGCGUGAUCGUUUGGCCUACUCAUAUCAACAACUCCUGUGCACUCAGUUUAGUAAUUCACAAUGGCAUUUGAAGUUAAGGAACAUUUUUUGUAUUUAAUUAUCUGUUAAUUAUUACGUUUAAAUUGAAAAACUCAUAUCUUUCGAAGGAGAUGUUCAAAAAAUCGAUCGAAAGUGUAGUUUAACGGAAAUUGUGCGCUUUUUUCAAUGAAAAUAUUUUCAUAAGCCUGAACUUUCAUUUUCGUUCAAAAAACAGCCGAAAAUUGAAUUUUCUUCGAAAAUCAGGCUGAAUACACCCUUUGGUUCAAUUUUUGCCAUUACCAUUCGAAAGAGCGGACAAUUUCCCACUUUUCUUUCCGAAACACCAAAUUGGAGCGAAAGCGUUUUCAAGUGGUUUUUUAAUGAAAACCUUUAUUCGGUUUUUUGAUUUUUUUUUUCCAAAAAACUAAAUAACAUGUUUUAUGGCAAAUUUUGUAACAAAACCCAUUUUUAACCAUCAAACAAAGUUCUGCUACCGUAUUUUCGAGUUUUUUUUCUUGGCAUACCAGUUUUAAAAACAUAUAAAAGGAACGAAAUAAUUACUAAAGAGAACCAAAAAAGGUGCACUUAAAAUCAAAUUUUUUGAACAACUUUUAUUAUGAAAAAAAUGUUUAUCUCAAUCGUCAGUGUUUGUGCACCGGCCACGGUUGGCCAGUGUUUCGGAGUGGACUGUAUUUAGGGAGGUCGGAAAGGGGGUCCAAAGAAAAGGCACCGGAAGGUUCUACUUUCACUUUCUCUAUUUUCUCCUACAUCACUUCCUUCUUCCUCUUCUUCUUCCUCCGCUCUUCCUUCCUUCACUUCUGCUGCUGCGCGUCGCGUCCGGUACGUUCGGUGGUUUGAUGACUUGUGUCGAGCGCGCUCAACGCGAGCUUGUUGCUGGGCGGUUCGAGCGGCAAAGUUGUUGUUGUUGACGACGUCGAUGACAGCUCUGUCGUUGCGCAGGGGCGUAGUCGAUCUCGUCGUACGGGUGGGGGCAAACACUAUUCGGUCGUCCCGAACAGUCAGUGUUGUUAAUACUUGCAAAAAAAUUUCUGUGUUUUUUUUAAAUUCAUCUGAAAACAUCAACUUGAUUCGUGUUUAUCAAAUCUGUUUGCGUCUGAAAUCUGGUUUUCGAAGAAAAUUUGAUUUUUAGCUGUUUUUUGAUCGAAAAUGAAAGUUCAGGCUUUUGAAAAUAUUUUCAUUGAAAAGAGCGCAGGAUUUUCGUUAAGACACACUUUUGAUCGAUUUUUUGAACAUCUCCUUAGAUGAAUUUUUCAAUUUAAACGUAAUCACAAAUAAUCUAAAACUAAAAAUGUUCCUAAAAUUUAAAUGCUAUUGUGAAUUACUAAACUGAGUGCACAGAAGUUGUUGAUUUGAGUAGGACAAACGAUCCAGCAAGUUUUAUUAGGAUCGGAAAUGGUCCGGUUAAAAAACGUAUUUUUUUUUGGUCGAUUUUGCGUGAAAACCGUCUAUUGUAACUAAAAGUUUUUUUUAUUUUCGGUUAUUCUGUUAUGAUUUAGGGAACUUUAAAAGGCAUCAUUUGCGCCAGAGUUGAGAAGUUAAAAAGUAAUAUGGUAUCUGCAUGUUUGGAUAAAAAAAAACAUUUUUGGAAAAUAUUUGAAUAAAAUAAACGGUUUAAGAUGGAAAAUCAUGUUUUCAAUCAAAAAAUCCUUUACAAAUUGUCUGUAAAGUACAGCCAUCCCUCAUAUUCGGAACAGUUUACAGAUCGGCCAAUGUUCAAAAAAUCAUAGUAAAUCAAUGAUUGAACUUAAUGAUUUGCUUUUUCCUUCAUUUGAAAGAUUUUCUU